AUAAAUGGUAUUUUCUAGAAAUAUUAAAUUUAUUUUAACCAAAUUCGAGAUGCUGUCGAUUAUUGUCAGAUGUUUGCCGAUUGCUCAUCAACGCUUAUCAAAUCAACGAUCUUCGCCGCAAUCGCUUUCGACGCAGCCCGUGAAAUUUCCGUUCCCCCUCCUGGAUUUUGAUCAUAUGGGCUCUAUUGGUUCAUCGCUGCGGUCACAAACCAUCGACAUGUCUUCGAAGUCUGCAAAGUUUGUUGAGAACACCAUUGCCAGCCAUAAGGUGGUGAUAUUUAGCAAAACCUUCUGUCCCUACUGCAAAAUGGCAAAGGAGCCAUUCCAGAAGCUCAAUGUGCAGGCCACAGUCAUUGAGCUGGACGGCAAUCCAGACGGCGACGAGAUCCAGACCGUGUUGGGCACGAUUACAGGUGCCAGGACGGUGCCACGAGUCUUUAUUGAUGGAAAAUUCGUUGGUGGCGGCACGGACAUUAAACGAAUGUACGAUACGGGAGAUCUCCAAAAAUACUUUGCCUAAUCGGUGGUGCAACACUAUACUCGUGGAUAUCUGGUAUGAUUUCAGCUAAUAUUGAUCCAUGAGUCAUUGCUGCUAUUCAUGGAGGGGACAAUUUUUCAGUCUGCUAUAUGGAGGAAAUGGUGCCACCGGAGCACCAAGGAACGAAAAGAAUAACUAGUCCAAUGAAAUAUGUAUUUCUAGCACGUUAUAGUUUGAGGGAAAAUUGUUCACUAAUGAGACGACAUGUAUAAAAUGUAUAAAGAUUGACUGCCACAUGCUCUA